AUGCAUGUUCAAAAUUCAAGAGUGACGGAAGCAGGAGCAAUCUAUGGACACCAAUUUUUUCAGCAACAGCUGUUUUUUACCGCCGAAUUGGAAGACGUCGACCAAGAAGGUCGCAGGACCAACUCUGAGGAAUCAAUGCGCAUAAAAGGCCCACAUAUGUUAAAGGCAGAGAACAGGCAAAAUUUGCUAUUAGCAUCUAAUAUUAAGAAACGGGAGUAG